GCAAGCAGGAGGAGAAAACAACUUCCCAGUUUCUCUCAGAGGCUGAAGAAACCCUGGGGGCCUGGGGGAGCUUUCAAGUUGCUUUAUUGCGGCUAGUCCCCAGAGAACCGUGACUGGUGGGUAGACCCACAAGGGGAAUAAACAGCGGUUCCUCCGGCCCCUCAGGGUCAGGGCUGGCUGUUCAGAAGGAAACUUUCAACUGCCCAGGCCAUUCCCACAGCAGCGUGGAUGGCAGGUCAGGAGGCUAUGCCCUUCCCCCCAGGAACUCAUCCUGAGUGGUAAGUCAUCAAUGUGUUUAAGUCACUUAUCUCCAUGUUGAUGCUGAGGAUGGUUUCACUUUUGCCAACAUUUGUUUCUAUCCUUCACAAGAACUCAGAUCCCAGCCUGUCGCAGCAAGCAGUCUCAGGGACAGCCCGACAAUGGCCAAUUACACACCAGCGCCAGAGGACGAGUAUGACGUGCUCAUAGAGGGGGAUCUGAAUGACCACGACCUGGAGGCCACGUGGUGCCCCCAAUAUGACACCAGGACCCUCUCAGCGGGGCUGGUGCCACAGCUCUACUCCGCCUUGUUCAUGGCCGGGAUCCUGGGCCACACCUGGCUGGUGUUCGUCUUAGUAAAAUACAAAGGACUCAGACAUGUGGAGAACAUCUAUUUCUUAAACUUGACCAUUUCUAAUUUGUGUUUCUUGUUCACCCUACCGCUCUGGGCUCACACAGCCUCCCACGGGGGGAUCCUUGGCGACCCCAUGUGUAAGAUCGUCACUGGGCUCUACUCUGUCGGCCUCUACAGUGAGGCACUUUGGAAUACCCUUCUCAUUGUGCAGAGGUACCUGGUGUUUUUCGAUGUGAGAAGGAUUUCCUCAGCCGCCAGGACGAUGACCUGCAGCAUCAUCGCAAGUGUCCUGGCCUGGGGGACAGUCUUUCUGGUCACACUGCCUGAACUCAUGUUUUACAAACCUAAGGUGGAAGGUCAGUGCUCCUUUAACAAGCCUUCAUUCCUGCCAGCUGAAGAGCCAUUCUGGAAGCAUUUUCUGACCUUAAAGAUGAACAUUUUGGGACUUCUUUUUCCACUAAUUAUUUCUAUAUUUUGCUAUCUGCAAAUGAGAAAAACACUAAGGUUCCAGGAGAGGAGGUAUAACCUUUUCAAGCUCGUUUUUGCCAUAAUGGUUAUUUUCCUUCUGAUGUGGGGACCCUAUAAUAUUGUGCUUUUCCUGGCAACUUUCAAAGAAUUCUUCUCCCUGCAUGACUGCAAAAGCACCUACCACCUGGACGGAGGUGUUCAGAUAACGAAAUUCCUCGCCGCCUCCCACUGCUGUGUCAACCCGCUUCUCUUCAUGUUUCUCAACAAGACAUUUAGGAAAUGCCUCUGCCCUCUGUGUGGUAACACUCCACUUCAAACCUCCCAGGUACCUGCGCACAAUUCACCACAAGGAGAACUCAGCUAUUCCACUGAAGUUUAAACCAGCUUCCUUCAAAGGCAGGAUAAAUAAACAUUGA